GCCACCCAUCCAGACACUUCACAGCGUAGCAGAGCUUUCCAGAGGAAGCCUCGCCCAGCCUCUGCACUGAGGCACUUCUGUGCACACUGCUGCAGCUGCGGGCCUGAGAUGCCAGCUGUCCAGCUGCUGCUUCUGGCCUGCCUGGCAUGGGGCAUGGGGGCCAGGACAGCCCAGCUUCGGAAGACCAACGACCCAAGUGGCCGAUGCCAAUACAUCUUCAGUGUGGCCAGCCCCAAUGAAUCCAGCUGCCCCGAGCAGGGCCAGGCCAUGUCAGCCAUCCGGGACCUACAGAGAGACAGCAGCACCCAGCGCACAGACCUGGAGUCUGCCAAAGCCCGGCUCAGCUCCCUAGAGAGCCUCAUCCACCGGCUGACUUUGAGCCAGGCUGCUGGGCCCCAGGAAACCCAGGAGGGUCUACAGAGGGAGCUGGGCACCCUGAGGAGGGAGCGGGACCAGCUGGAAACCCAAACCAGGGAGAUGGAGACAGCCUACAGCAACCUCCUCCGAGACAAGUCAGCUCUGGAGGAACAGAAGAGGCAACUGAGGCAAGAGAAUGAGGAUCUGGCCAGGAGGUUGGAAAGUAGCACCCAGGAGGUAGCAAGGCUGAGAAGGGGCCAGUGUCCCCAGACCCGGGACACCUCUCAAGACAUGCCACCAGUCUCCAGGGAAGUUGCUACAUGGAAUUUGGACACUUUGGCCUUCCAGGAAUUGAAGUCACAGUUAACUGAGGUUCCUGCUUCCCGAAUCUUGAAGGAGAGUCCAUCUGGCCAUCCCAGAAAUGGAGAGGGAGACAGUGGAUGUGGAGAACUAGCCUGGGUAGGAGAGCCUUUCACUCUGAGAACAGCUGAAACGAUCACUGGCAAAUAUGGUGUGUGGAUGAGGGACCCCAAGCCCUCCUAUCCCUAUACCCAGGAGACCACAUGGAGAAUCAACACGGUGGGCACAGACAUCCGCCAGGUUUUCGAGUACGACCUCGUCAGCCAGUUCGUGCAGGGCUACCCUUCUAAGGUUCACGUGCUGCCCAGGCCGCUGGAAAGCACAGGCGCUGUGGUGUACGCCGGGAGCCUCUAUUUCCAGGGGGCUGGGUCCAGGACUGUGGUGAGGUAUGAGCUGAACACCGAGACAGUGAAGGCUGAGAAGGAAAUCCCUGGCGCCGGCUUCCAUGGGCAGUUCCCGUAUUCUUGGGGCGGCUACACAGACAUUGACUUGGCUGUGGAUGAGACAGGCCUCUGGGUCAUCUACAGCACCGAAGAGGUCAAAGGUGCCAUCGUCCUCUCCAAACUGAACCCAGAGAAUCUGGAACUUGAACAAACCUGGGAGACUAACAUCCGCAAGCAGUCCGUCGCCAAUGCCUUUGUCAUCUGUGGCACCUUGUACACCGUCAGCAGCUACUCCUCAGCCGAGGCUACCAUCAACUUUGCUUACGACACAGGCACAGGUAGCAGCAAGCCCCUGACCAUCCCGUUCAAGAACCGCUACAAGUACAGCAGCAUGAUCGACUACAACCCCCUGGAGAGGAAGCUCUUUGCCUGGGACAACUUCAACAUGGUCACUUAUGACAUCAAGCUCUCCAAGAUGUGAAAGCCUCCGAAUCAUACCAGCAAAGGCAGAAGGAGGUGAUCAGGGCUCCUGAAGGGAGCAGGCGGAGGGCAGAGCCAGCCGGAGCCCAGGCUGCUGUCGCUGCUUUCCAAGCUUUCACUAAUCCAGAAGGAUGUUCCUGGUCAUUGUCAGACUAUGUGUAAUAGCAAUCUGCAGAUUUACACAGUUUUGUAGUAUAAUAGAUAUGCUUUUCUUCUGACAGCUUUUAAGGGGAUGUUUAACCAAAAGUUAAGCUUUCUGAUGAUUCAGGGCAGGGCCUGUAAGUUAUGGUAGUUUUUUCAUGAAAAACACUGCUCUUGCAUGUUGCAUGGUUACUGUAAACCACAACAAAAGCAACACUUCUAAAGGAAGAGGAAUAGCUCUUGUAGCCAGCACUGAACAUAUGUAAAAUGCAUUUACUACAAUUGGCCUGUAAGGCUUCAGAUAGAAUCCAGUUGGGUAUUACACAACCCUUUGCCCUGGGAAAUAAAAUGAUCUUAC